AUGACCCUGAUCCAACAGCUGGGCCGGAUUAUCCAGGCCCCUGCCGCGGCCAAGAGAUAUACUGAUGCCGGGGUUGCCAUUCUGUUCGUCGUGGUCAACCAGUUCCUGGUGAUGCCUAUGCAAAUCCUCCUGGACCGUCACUCUAUCAACCUGCCAGCCUCGAUCGUUGUGAUGCUCCUGGCCUCCAUUCUGAUGGUCAUCGCCAGCUCCAUCAGCGGAGCUGUUGGACAGUUCUACGACAAACAUAUACGGGGACCCAGCGAUUUUCUCGGCCGCCAUAUGUCACUAGGCUUCGUAGCCUUCUUCAUAAUGCUCAACCGAGACCACAUCACCAAUUCUGCCGAUGUACCCAAGAUUGCGGGAGCCUUCGUCAUCACAACCAUUAUGAGCUACGUGAGCUCGUUUCUCCUUGCCGCAGGGGGCUUCAAACUCGAGACUAGUCUCCGAGGUCUCCGAACAAGAUCCGCCACCGAUAUCGAGAGCAACAACAGACAGUCAUGGCCACAGCCUACCCCCGAGUGGCCAGCUCCCUCAACGCAGAAGCGACCCAAACUGAUAUCCGAGAUAUCCCAGCUCUCGACGAUCAACGAGCUCUCCACCAACGCCUCAUUCUUAUCCGCCAACCCCUCCGCCGAGGACUCUAGCGCGCAAAGUAUUGAGAGCAAUAUCAAACAGUCAUGGCCACAGCGUCCCAAGCUGAUAUCCCGGAUAUCCCAGCUCUCGACACUCAGCGAGCUCUCGACCGACGCCUCGGCAACCGAGUCCUUACAGAGUAACAACACACAGUCAUGGCCACCGCGUCCCAAGCUACUCUCCUCUCUCUCAAUGGUCUCCAUCAAAGCCCCCCUCCUAUCCACCAACGCCGCCACCGAGGGCUUCAGCCCACAUAGGCCAAUGCGUCCCAAGCUGGUAUCCCAUAUCUCGACGCUCUCGACGCUCUCCACACACUCCUCCCUCUUUUCCAUCAGACCCGAAAGCGAGGGCUCCAGUGAGCGGAUCAUCGACUUCUUCGUCCACACCGUGCCGAUCUGGAUCAGUCUCUCUUUGCUCCUCGUCGUCGGCGUGCCCGUCUACCUGGCAACGGGCUACGAGAUGCCCUUCGAGGCGUUCACCUUCGCAGUCCUGUGGGCCGUGACGACGCAGUUCCAGCGCUGGCUCCGCCUCAACUACUGGCUCCUGUGCCACCCGCGGGUCCGCUCGCCCCUGGUCAUCUUCUCCAACCCACUACUCUUGACCUGGGCCCUCGGCUCAGCCUACCUCUGGACCAAGACCGCCACGACGGGCCGGUCCAUCGAGGACCUCGUCUCCUCCUUCCGGCACUACAGCUCGCUGGCUGAGAGCCUGGCGCACAUCGUCGCCGACCGCAAGUCCUCCUCUUCUGCCACGACUACCUUCACAGACACGGUGGCCGCCAACCUCGGCGCCGGCGACCUCGCGGGCCCGCUUCUCGACGCCGGCAUCGUCUGCCUGGGCCUGAAGAUGUACGAGUACCGCCACGAGCUGUGGGCGGCCUUCGGCACCGUGUUCGCGACGUGCACGGCGCUGGCGGCGCUCAACGUCUUCGCCAACCCGGCCGUGGCGCGCCUCUGCGGACUGCAGGCCGACGAGGCGACGGCGUUUGCCGGGCGCUCCGUCACGCUUGCGCUGGGCGUGCCGGCCAUCGAGAAUCUGGGCGGCAGCACCACGCUGAUGAGCGCCGUGGCCAUCUUCAGCGGCAUGCUGUUCGCGAUGACGGGGGAUUGGCUGUUCACGCUGGUGCGGGUCAAUGAUCGUAGGGCGGUCGGGAAUCAGGAGAAGGUUACGGAGCCGAUGUUUGUUUCAGAUGAUGAGGCUGCGACGGCGGCGGCGCCGGCCGACGUGGUGGGCCGUGAUGCUGAGAAGGGCUGCCCGAUCGUGACGGUCACGAACACGGAGAAAAACUGCGUGACGGUCACAGCCACUGAGGGAGAGCCGGGCGGCAGGAUACGGAAGAACGCCACCUGCACCGAGGAGAGCGGAGUGGUGGCGUCGGGUGUGACGGUGGGCAUCAACGCCGCGGCCAUGGGCACCGCGUUCCUGAUCGAGCGCGACUCUCGCGCGACGGCGUACUCGGCGCUUUCGAUGACAGUCUUCGGCGCCAUGACGGUGGCACUCACAGCGCUACCUGGGGCCCGCGAGACGAUCGUGUCUCUGACGACGAGAUGA